UAUUAGUUGUCAGAAAUGGCAAAGCCACUUCGGCAGUUUAAUUUUUUCCUUUAACCAUUCUCGAAUAGUUCACUUAAAACAUUAAACGCGUUUUUAAAGAGUUAAAAUUACAAAUAUCAUCAAAAAUGUCGUUCAUGAAUCCAGUGGAUAUGGUCGAAGAAGAUGCGGCAGAUCUUCAAUUUCCAAAGGUUGAGUUAGAGGUUCCAAACAAUUUAUCUAGAACAACCGCUCCGAGAAGUGAGCCCAACCAGCAUCAAAGCGUUACCAAAGUUCGUUCCAAAUCUGACACAAAGUAUGUCACGGCUUACUACCACUCCGAAACGUUCAACAAAGCAUUGGAAGCGCGCAGCAAAGCUGCCCAGAAAUACUAUGCCGAUUACAUUGAAGCGGGUGUGAAUAACACUGAGCGCUGCAGCACUUGCAAUUGCGAUUUGUACGAACCAUACAUAAAAUGUCCCGACUGCGAGCAUACGCUGCUAUGUAUGCAAUGCUUCGCGCACGGGCGUGAGACUGCGACGCAUCUUAACACACAUUCAUACGUGAUUGUGCGUGACGACAUACAGGUAUUCCCUGGCGCCAAUGGUUGGAACGCGAAGGAUGAGCGUAUUUUGUUGCACACACUAGAGAAAAAGGGCUAUGGCAAUUGGGAGGCAGUUGCACAUGCAUUACAUUUCCGUCACAACGUUGAGGAAUGUCGCCAACACUACCAUAAUUUCUAUUUUGGUGGAAUUUUUGAACGACUGCUUGGGCUGACGCACGCGAGGAAUGCUUAUUUUCCCGAACGAAUGCCGUAUUUGGUUAAGAUGCGUUCCGUUGAUCCGCCACGCAGUGAUGAGACGGCUACAAUGCAAUUUAAAAUGAUGGCGGGGUAUCGGUGCGCACGUGGUGACUUCGAUACUCCUUACGAUAACUCGGCUGAAGGUCUGUUAACGACAAUCAUGCAGGAAAGUUUUGCCGCAAUAACUGCCACUGACGACGAUGAGCAACAAUUCGACGAAAGCAGUCGCGCUGUGAAUGAAGAGUUACAAUUGGCGGUGGUGCGCGCAUAUAAUAAUCGGUUGAGGGAACGUCAACGCAGGUAUCGAAUAAUGCGCGAUCACGGACUGAUUAUGCCAAAUCGCACGCUGGGCUGGAUGUCAAAGUACGCGGACGCGCUUGGCUCUGAAGCUAACUGCAAUCGUUUUCUUUCUUUUAUGCAAAUCUGCAACCCAAUUAAAUUUGAUAUGCUCGUUGAAUCGCUAAAAUAUUUCUCGGAUGUGCAAAAAACCAUCUAUAGGUUAUAUGAGCUGCGUCAGAAUGGCGUUCGUACACUUGCAGCUGGUGCCUUAUACUUCAAAUUAAAGAAACGUCGUUUACAACAGCAACGCGAUCGUGCGAAAAAUGAGACAUAUCGCCAACUGCACGAUUGGCGUAAGUUAAUACCAAGCACGCACAAAUUGGUACCGAAUCCUUUCGCAAUGUCCAAUGGAGUUACAAAUCCCAGAAAGAAAGCCGGGCCCAUGGAUAUUAUUGGUAUGCCUGGCUACACGCGUCUCACCGAAGACGAACGAAAGCUCUGCAGUGUUGAGCGCAUAGCACCGCAAGCAUACAUGGAUUAUAAAAACAUUUUAGUAGCGGAAAAUAUGAAAAUGGGUAAUUUGCGUUUGGCCGACGCCCGACGUUUAAUAAAGAUUGAUGUCAACAAAACGCGUCAAAUAUACGAUUUCCUGAUUAAGAAUGGACACAUAAAUGGGCCGACGUGAUUUACGAAUUUCUGCGUCUCACAGAAUGUUUUCGACAGUCAGUUCAACGUUACGGAUUUGAAUCCGGUCAAAGGCUGUCACUUCAGCAGCAAUCCGCAAAAAUGUAUGGGAAUAGUUUUAUGCUGUUACAAUAACAACCUGAACCAAAAUCAAUUGACAAUUAUUUAUAGAUGUUAGUCUCAGCUAUCGUUUCACUUGUGCUUCACAUGCAUAUUUUUGCUACCAGAUGUUAUUUAAAUAUGAAAACUAAUAAUUUAAUUUUAUU